CAAAUGGCGGACGACGCCGGUGGUAAUCGGGGCGGCUUCCGCGGGGGGUUCGGCUCUGGGGCCCGGGGUCGAGGUCGCGGCCGAGGUCGGGGUCGUGGCCGGGGUCGUGGACGUGGAGGGAAGAGCGAGGACAAAGAGUGGAAUCCUGUUACCAAGCUGGGUCGCUUGGUGAAGGACAUGAAGAUCAAGUCCCUGGAGGAGAUCUACCUCUUCUCUCUGCCCAUCAAGGAGUUUGAGAUCAUCGACCUGUUCUUGGGCCCGGCUCUGAAGGACGAGGUGCUCAAGAUCAUGCCCGUGCAGAAGCAGACACGUGCCGGGCAGCGCACCAGGUUCAAGGCGUUUGUUGCGAUCGGUGACUACAACGGACACAUCGGUCUCGGCGUGAAGUGCUCCAAGGAGGUGGCGACCGCCAUCCGCGGCGCCAUCAUCCUCGCCAAACUCUCCAUCGUGCCGGUGCGCCGUGGCUACUGGGGUAACAAGAUCAGCAAACCGCACACCGUGCCCUGCAAGGUCACGGGCCGUUGCGGCUCCGUGCUGGUGCGCCUCAUCCCGGCGCCUCGCGGUACUGGCAUCGUGUCGGCCCCUGUGCCCAAGAAGCUGCUGACCAUGGCCGGCAUUGACGACUGCUACACGUCGGCACGCGGAUGCACCGCCACGCUGGGAAACUUUGCCAAGGCUACGUUUGACGCCAUCUCAAAGACGUACAGCUACCUGACUCCGGACCUCUGGAAGGAGACUGUGUUCAUCAAGUCUCCUUACCAGGAGUACAGCGACCACUUGGCCAAGAACCACACGAGAGUGGCCGUGGCCAAGCCCACAGCGUAAAACGCUGCUUCUCAGGGAAGCUGCACGGAUUGCUCUGCGUUGUUGUGGUCACAGUCAAUAAAACCACCCAAGGAAAAAAG